UGCGUCGUGUCGUGUCGCGGGACUCGCAGGGAAAAGAGAGCUCUGUACCUCUACCCACAUCCGCCAUUCGAUUUCCUCGCUCCUAUCCAUCCACCACCACCACAAGACACCAGAAGAGGCUCGCCCCGCCGCCUCCGCCUCCGCCUCCGCCUCCGUCGCCGUCGCCGUCCUCGCCGCCCGAUCCAACCGCCCGCCCGCCAGCCCCCACGCACGGGAACCAUCAACAAAGAAUCAAUCGCCAUGAGCUCGCUCUGCCCGUUCGCGAAAGCCACCACGGGCGGCGUGUGCCCCAUGAAAUCCGAUAAGAAGCCCGACAAGAGCAGCGGCGCUGCGUGCCCGGUGACCGGAAAGGGCGGCGAGCCAAAGGAGACCAGCGCGGACCAUGCUGCUGGAGAAGAAAGUGCUGAAGACCCUCGCCUGGUGCCUGCAAAGUGCCCCUUCGGAUACGACUCCAACACCUUCAAGCUCGGCCCGCUCAGCUGCAUGGUCUGCCAGGCCCUGCUCCACGACGCCAGCAAAUGCAAGCCGUGCUCCCAUAAGUUCUGCAAGGCGUGCAUAUCGCGCUUUAAGGACUGCCCGUUGUGCGGUGCUGACAUAGAGGGGGUCGAGCCGGAUGCCGAGCUCCAGACCCUCGUCGAUCGCUUCAUUGAUGGUCAUGCCCGAAUCAAGAGAUCGCUUGCUGGAGAAAGCAAGGAAGCAGGAGCGGAUGGCAAGAGCAAAGUGAUAUACGAGGAUGUCUCCAUGGAGAGAGGCGCUUUCCUAGUGCAACAAGCCAUGAGGGCUUUUCGUGCCCAGAACAUUGAAAGCGCAAAGUCGAGGCUCAGUAUGUGUGCAGAAGACAUCAGGGAGGAGUUGAAAUCUUCACAAGAUAACCUAGACCUAUGUUCUCAGCUUGGAGCGGUGUUGGGAAUGCUUGGGGACUGCUGUCGGACCUUGGGAGAUGCGCCUUCAGCGAUCACUUACUACGAAGAAAGUGCUGAGCUUCUGUCAAAAUUGCCCAAAAAGGAUCUUGAGUUGGUCCAUACGCUCUCAGUUUCUCUUAACAAAGUUGGAGACCUUCGCUACUAUGGCGGGGACCUGCAAUCCGCAAGAAGUUAUUAUGCCCGUUCAUUAGAUGUUCGCAGAAAUUCAGUAAAGGAGCAUUCAGCUGUGGCCUCCCAGGUCAUUGAUCUAGCAACCUCUCUAGCCAAAGUUGCGGAUGUCGAUAGAAACCUCGGCAACGAAGAUGCGGCUGUCGAGGGUUUUGAGGAAGCAAUCAAGUGCCUGGAGAAAUUGAAGCUAGAUUCUGAGCAGGCUAACCUAGAACAACGGCGUCGCUCGGUUCUCGACUUCCUGCAGAAGCAAUUGCACGACAAGUAAGACAGAUGGUCCCAGUGUGUAGUAUCCAUAACGAGGUUCGACCGACCGCAUCGUUGUUGUGUUGCAAUAUGGAAGGAGUUGUUGUGGUGCAUAAGGGAGGAGGGAGGUGCUCUAGAAAUGGUUGCGCCCUGUGUGUAAUUCCAACCACUAGAAUUCUGUCGUGGCACAAACAAACGUAAUCAAGGCCGCGUUGUACGUAUUCUAGGAGAGAUCUCUUCACCGUCGCCAAUAUAUGCUCCAGGCUCUAGCUAGCUCCCUGUGGCCUUCUCUCAGCUUGAAACAACAGGGGUAAGGUGAAAAAUGUCUGAAGCUCCCUGUUGCAUGCUGAAUCUGACCGACCCCGUUGUAUAUCGACAAUAACACACAUAGAACUGCUAGAAUCUGGCCAUUUCGCUUGAA